AUGGCUUUCCCUCGAUUAAAUAAUAUUUCAUUCUGGUUAUUACCUCCUUCUUUAAUUCUUUUAGUAGCUAGUGCUUUCGUAGAAAACGGAGCUGGUACUGGAUGGACUGUUGAAAAUGGUAAGCAGUCGCCGAUCUGUAAAGAUCGGGCAACAAAACAUCACUCGAUGCGGGGAACUCCUCAAUUCGGAAAGAACUACUCAUCAAUCAUGAACCCUUUGGGGUUUAAUAGAUUGGCAGUAAAAAUGUUCUUGACACGGGGACAAUCCGCCUGGGGUAAAUUAGAUUAUUCUACUUUAUCUCAUCAGAGACUAAAUGUGAUGCAACCUAAGAAUACAGAAUUUCAACAAUGGCUUGUUGGUAUGACUGACGGAGAUGGAUCUUUUUCUGUCUUACGUCAAAACGACAAGUGA